CCUAGCUUGACUUUCCCGCCGCCUCAGUACAUCCGCGCCGCCGUCGAGGAGACGACGGAGACUACUGAAACAGUGCCGACUGUCUAAGCUCGCAAUGAGCGAUAGGAUCAGCUCACUACCGGACGAAAUCCUCUCCCACAUCCUCUCUUUCCUCCCAACCAAGUACGCCGUGGGCACCUCUGCCGUAAGCCGACGGUGGAAGAAUCUGUGGACUGGGCUCUACGAGCUCGAUCUGGACAACCGCGACAACGGCGACGACGGCUUUCAGGACACAGUCAGUUAUGAGAUUGUAAAGAGGCGAGACCUGGAAUUCUGCCGCUUCAUCGACAGGGUUUUGAGCCAGCACAAGGAUCUCAACUCUCUGACGCGUUUCCGCCUCCAUUUUGCAAUGCAACUCAUUGACUGCAAGGCGGAGACAAAUUUCUGGUUGAAGAUGGGAUUGGCUCCGGAUGAGUCUCGGCUUGAGGAAAUGCAUUUGGAGCUUGAGGGGUAUGGUUGCACGGGAGAUCCCUUUCGCAUACGCAGGCUUCAAGAGAGCGUCUACAAUUUGAAGCAUCUAAAAGUUUUGAAGCUUCAGGGUGUUAAAAUCGAGAUUACCGCCGAAGGGUCUGUGUUUCUUCCUAGUGUCAAGAUCUUGCAGCUUGUGAGAGCAGUGCUUAAGGACUGCGCUUCACUGAGCAAGCUAAUCUAUGGUUGCCCUGUCCUGGAGACUGUUUGUGUGGAGACUUGCUACUCCUCAAACAGGAAUAAGAGUGACCAACUCAUUGCUUCCUUGCCGUUCUUGAAGAACUUGACCAUUAUCGGCAAGAGCGUCUAUGACAAUCCUUUGUGCUCCUUUGCAAUGGAGGCACCAAAUCUUGAGCAGCUUUUUCUUACCGAUUUCGGCGAGUUGCAGUUUCUGGGUAGUAGUGAUCCGUUGCCAUGCCUUCAAUCAGCACAGGUUGAUAUUGGUCAUAGCCAAAUCUCGAAGCACGGCUUGAUUAGGUUCCUCGCCCAAAUCUCCAAUGCAAAGGAAAUGCGCUUGUCGUGCAAUAUUCUGAGUAUUUUGUCAUUGUCAAAUGUCAAUGACGAAGUUCAGCUGCCUAUCUUUCCCAACUUGACACAGUUGACGAUUGGUACUCCUGGAAACAGCUCUGUUCUGCACUCCUUGCUCAGCUCGGCCUCCAGAUUACAGUCUCUUUUCAUUGUCUUAGAGGAAGAGAGCGGUGUAAUCGAGUGGACUGCGUCCCAAGAACCUGCUUCCACGGCUGAGUGUUUGUUGUCGUGCCUCGAGGAAAUUAAGAUCGAAAAUCUUAAAGACGACGCACAUGAGAUGAGAAUGGUAGCGUAUUUGCUCAGGGUCGGAGCUGUACUGAAGAAGGUGAAUAUCCUUACAUGUGACGGUGAUGAUGAAUAUGAUCGUCGUCAUCGUCGUAGCUACAUGGACUGGGAAUAUCAUUUGCAGUAUCUCCGUCGCAAUGGUCGUCUUGGUUCACUGCUAAAACUAUGGAGAGGCUCGGGAGCUUGCGAAGCUCAUCUUUUUCUUCCGGAUGGUGAUGAGUUCCACGUUGAUAGUGACGACGAGACCGAUGAUGACCAAGACUUUGCCUGGAUGGAUGAUAGCACAGAUGAUGUUAAUGACGGGACAGACGACGAUGAUGACGAUGACGACGACGUUGGCGAUGACAAUGACAGGCAAUCCGAUAUAGACGAUGGUGGUGAUGAGAUCGACGCAGAUGAUGGUGAUGACUCUAGCAUCAGUGAGGACGGAUCACAGGAGCAGAGCAUCUGAAGAAAGACUCUUCAUUUGGAGAAUUGCUGUUUCAAGAUCUGGAAUUUCGAUCAAGUACUCAUUGCUUCCUUACCAUCCUUGAAGAACUUGACGGUUAUCAACAAUGAUGGAUGGCUGCUUUGUUCCAUUGAAAUGGAAGCGCCAAAUCUUGAGCAUCUUUAUCUUCUGAAAUUUGGGGAGUUACAGUUUAUGGGUAGUAGUAGUCCAUUGUCAUGCGUUCACUCUGUUUAUGAGAAAACCCUGGUUGAUGAUGAUGGAGUCGAGUAUCGUCAUCAUGAUGGCCCGCGCCGGAUUGGGUUACUUACCCAAAUCUCCAAUGCAAAGGAAAUGCUGUUAUCUUGGCAGACUCUUAACUUUUUGACAUUCGUGAAUGAUAAUGUAGCUGUGCAACCACUACUGCCUGUGUUUCGUGAUUUGACGCAUUUCACAGUGAGACCUUCUGAAAACAGCUCGCGCUACUCAGACACCAAACUUGCUAGAAGCAGCUUCGUUCUUCACUCCUUGCUCAACUCAGCAUCCAAAUUACAACAUCUAGUCAUUGACAUGGGCAAUCGUAGGAUACGUAUGGAGUGGGAGGACGCGGAAGAACUUGCUUACAUCCCCGAGUGUAUGCUGUCGAGCCUCGAGGAAAUUGAGAUACAGAAUCUCAAAGCAGAUGAAGACGAGAGGAAAAUGGUGGCGUAUUUGCUCAAGGCUGGAGCUGUACUGAAGAAGGUGAACCUGCACCUGUUUGAAGAUGUCGUUGAUUAUGAUCUUGGCGACAUGGAAGACCGCCUUGAACUUGCCUCGCUGCUAAAACUGCCAAGAAGGUCCAGCACUUGUGAAGCUCAUCUUUUUCUUCCCAAUGGCGAUGAGAUCCACAUUGAUAGCAACAUGUAGAUUAGAUUAGAUGGUUGCC